ACUUCCUGUUUCUUCUGCAAUCGACUCGUUACGUCUGCAAGGAUGUGUAAUCGCGCAGAAACAGAGACAGCAAAAGCAUGGGUCAUCCAAACUAGGGAGAACGUGGCUGUGAAAGAGGAUGCCAUUUAAAUGAGUGAGGUCUUGUACAUAUAAACCCGUAAGCAAAUGGCUGGUGCUUUGGGAUGUAAACGGAAAUCUACUGAAUCUCCGACCCACAAUGGAUGCGCCAAAAAUCCGAAGAAGUCGCAGACUAAAAGUAUUCCACGAUUAAAGCUGACCUUCCGUGAUUUAUAUGGAACAAUCUCUCAGCAGAACUUAAGCGAGUUGCUUUUGUUUGCGUCGCUGGGGAAAACGUACAGUCUGAAACAGCCAGAUUGGUGUCGACUUCGUCAUCAAAAGAAUGUGUGUGCAGUUAACGUAACAGUUUUAGAAGGUCUCACUCAGCUGCAUUUUUACAGAUAUUAUCUGCAGUUUAAAAAGCUCAGGAAACUGUACAACAUUCGAUGCAGUUUUAUAUCCCCAGCUGGCAAUGUGCUGUCUGAAAUCUUAAGCACCGAGCUUUGUAAUUACAAAAACACUAGCUCGGUACUUUCCAUAUCCAAUUCUGAGUUGGAAAAGACCUUGGAAAGUAAAGGAAAUGAAGACCUAAGCUGGCAUCCAAUCAUCCGUAAAUACGGCUCAGAGACUCAGGGUCUCACCGCCUACCUGCUGAGCCCAGACGAGAUGAGCAGAAUGUCCUUCCCACAGAAAGAUGCUCCUGGGUGUGAAUCCUUUCUCUGCACACAGAGUGAUGGACAUGUUACAGAUGGCAGUCCUCUCUUUGGUCUGGACUGUGAAAUGUGUGUGACUGUGUGUGGCACCGAGCUGACACGCGUGUCCCUGGUGAACAGCAGUGGCCGCUGCCUGCUGGACGAGCUGGUGAAGCCUGAAAACCCCAUCCUGAACUACGUCACCAGGUACUCAGGGAUCACCAAAGCCAUGCUGAAGCCAGUAAGCACCCGGCUAAAGGACGUUCAGGCCAAGGUGAUUCAGGCAUUGCCCCAUGAUGCUGUGCUUGUAGGUCACUCCCUGGAGAACGACCUCCGGGCUUUGAAGUUGAUCCACCAGCAUGUUAUAGACACCUCAGUUCUCUACCACAGAGAAUUCGGCCAGAGGUUUAGAUUGAAGUUCUUGGCAGAGGCUGUAUUGAACAGGCGGAUUCAGGAGGAAGGUAGACGGGGUCACCACCCCACUGAGGAUGCUCUGACCGCCUUGGAUCUGGCUCAGCAUUUCAUUGGUGUCGGGCCACAGAAGGUAGCAGCGUUGGAUCUCGAUGCGGAAUGGAAGAGGCGUCUACCAAAGAAGAAUCCGGCGAAUGGAGCCAAAGCCAACAAAGGCGUGAGCAGUAACAGCUUUGGAGAUGCCCUCAAGGCUGCCAGUCUGUCGGCAGUUCAUCUGGGCGUGGCGGCGGGAUCCGGAGGUCUUGGGGUCCCGGCGAUGUGGAGCAGGGUCCAGUGCAACUCAGACCGGGAGGUACUAUCUGCCUCCAGGAGCGAAACACAAGGUCAUUUCUUCAGCACGGUUCGGUUCUCCUCCCUGGCUGAGCGGGCGAGGGUCGACUUGCAGGAGAAGCGUUUGGCCGAUCACCUCCACCGGAUGGCAGAGAUGUGCAUGAUUUACGCCGGGCCGCUGCCCAGGGACUGCACGGUGCAAUCCGUGCAAAGGCUGUUUCGACGGUGCGGUCCAGUCCGGUCUGUCACACUGCGGGAGGGCUUGCAGAGCAUCCACGCCGUGGUUGAGUUUGAAAUGCUGGAGGGAGCUUACCUCGCUGUCAAAUCCCUCAAUGGUCAUGAGCUGCAUGGUCAUCCUAUCACAGUUCAGAGGCCGGUAAAGGAGUCCACCCUGGACCUGGAGGUGGCGCUGGGCGAGCUGGAGGCCGACGCCCUCAUCAGCAACGUCCUUUAUGUGGCCCGGGUCACUGAGCCGCUCCUGUGCCCAACCUUCAGCCGGUUCGGCCAGAUCGAGGGCGUCGUCCUGCCUGGGAGAUCGCCACUGGCGAAACACCGCAAAGAUGCCUUCAUAAAAUUUGAGAGCUCAGAGGCCGUACAGGCCGCCCUGAGCUCAGGCCUGCGGGCGAAGGGCAGAGAGGUGAUGAUGUGCAGGGCGCUGACCCCCUGGCACCUACCCUGCUGGGCCGGACACGUGCAGCAGAGCUCUGAGCACCAAAGCACCAUAGAGGGGAUGUCCGCCACAUCAAGGGGCUGGAACGACCCGGACCAACAGGCUGACGAGUGUGAGAUGAAGACUCUGAUAAAGAAACUCGACCGGAAAGUGGGGAAGCUCUUCCAAGCCCUCCCAGAUAAAACCCUGAGUGUGCUGCUCCUGCCCGGCCUGAGAAGCACCAGUGCGGAUCUCCCGGGUCUUUGUUUGAUCAGCAUUAAAAGCGACUCACACCUUUGAACGGUGAAGAAUUACAGACCACCAAAUGAGGAACAUUAAACCAGAUUCACACCACACAACGAGAUCGAGGAAUCUAUUUUCAUACGGUUUCAUGCUGCAGUUUUACCUGUUUUAUUGUUGUGUUUUUAAUAAACCAACUUUUUCAUUCCUUA